UUUGCUGGUCUGUUUUGACAGCUUGGGUCGUGUAGGAUGAUGUGAGGGAGCAAGAGGUGUCGCGAGAGUUAGCAUCGCACCUCCUUUUAGGCGUUAUAACUAUGGCGAGCUUGGGGAUCCAGGCUGAGCAGGAGCCGCUCAUAGGCGACCGCACACCCGGAAGCAGAGAAUGGGAGAUUAUAGAAACCGAGGAGCAUUAUAAGAGCCGAUGGAGAUCUAUUAGGAUUCUGUAUCUUACUAUGUUUCUCAGCAGUGUAGGAUUUUCCAUUGUGAUAAUGUCAAUAUGGCCUUAUCUCCAAAAGAUCGAUCAGACAGCUGAUGCAAGUUUUUUGGGCUGGGUUAUUGCUUCGUUUAGUCUUGGCCAAAUGGUAGCUUCACCUAUAUUUGGUUUGUGGUCUAAUUAUAGACCAAGAAAAGAACCUCUUAUUGUCUCCAUCCUCAUUUCGGUGGCAGCCAACUGCCUCUAUGCUUAUGUCCACGUCCCAGCUUCUCAUAAUAAAUACUACAUGUUGGUUGCUCGUGGAUUGGUGGGAUUUGGAUCAGGAAAUGUAGCAGUUGUUAGAUCAUAUAUUGCUGGUGCUACUUCCCUUCAGGAAAGAACGAAUUCCAUGGCAAACACAAGUGCAUGUCAAGCAUGGUUUAUUCUAGGUCCAGUUUUUCAGACCUGUUUUGCACUCAUUGGAGAAAAGGGCAUGACAUGGGAGACUAUAAAGCUGCAGAUAAACAUGUAUACAGCACCAGUUUUAUUUGGUGCCUUCCUGGGAGUUUUAAAUAUUCUUCUGAUCCUUACUAUAUUAAGAGAACAUCAUGUGGAUGACUCAGGACGACAGUGUAAAAAUAUUAAUUUUGAAGAAGCAAGUGCCGAUGAAGUUCAGGUUCCCCAGGGAAAUGUUGAUCAAGUUGCUGUGGUGACCACCAAUGUUCUGUUUUUUGUGGUCCUGUUUAUCUUUGCCCUUUUUGAAACCAUCGUAACUCCAUUAACAAUGGAUAUGUAUGCCUGGACUCGAGAACAAGCUGUAUUAUAUGAUGGAAUAAUACUUGCUGCUCUUGGAGUUGAGGCAGUUAUUAUUUUCAUGGGGAUUAAACUACUUUCCAAAAAGAUUGGCGAGCGUGCUAUUCUACUGGGAGGCCUCAUCGUUGUGUGGCUUGGCUUCUUUAUCUUGUUACCUUGGGGAAAUCAAUUUCCCAAAAUACAGUGGGAAGAUUUACAUAAUAAUUCAAUCCCUAAUACUACAUUUGGGGAGAUGAUUAUUACUCUCUGGAGGUCCCCGAGAGCAGAUCACAAUGAAGAACCAAUUGGCUGCCCAGCUGAACAAGCCUGGUGCCUCUACACCCCCAUGAUCCAUCUGGCCCAGUUCCUCACAUCAGCUGUGCUAAUCGGGAUUGGCUACCCCGCCUGCAAUGUCAUGUCUUAUACAUUAUAUUCAAAAAUUCUGGGACCGAAGCCUCAGGGUGUGUACAUGGGCUGGUUAACAGCCUCUGGAAGUGCAGCACGGAUUCUUGGACCUGUGUUCAUCAGUCAAGUAUACACCUCCUGGGGCCCACGAUGGGCAUUCAGCCUCGUGUGUGGAAUAGUGGUGCUCACCAUCACUCUCCUGGGAGUGGUCUACAAAAGACUCAUUGCUUUUUCUAUAAGGCAUGGAAGGAUUCAAGAGUAACCUAGUUAAGACUGUAAUGGAAGCUACUUGCUGUGUGGGCCUUCCUUUACUAAAGCCUCUGCUAGACAACUGGUACGAGUCAGUUUCCAAAAGUCAGGUUUCAGAUACUGUAUAUUUUGAAUAACAAGAACAUAUAUUUAAUAACACAGGGAAUUCUAUGUGUAAUUGUGAGCAGUUACAUUCUAGAUCAUAAUUUAUCUCAGAAAAGAAAUAAUCUUCAUAUAACACCUUUUUGGGGGUUGUAUGAACUCAUGAGUGAAUGGACAAUGGUCUAUAACUGUGAAAUUGUACUCUUCUUUAAGUUAUUAUUUUUAAUACUACACCUUGUAUUUUAUGUCACUAAGUAACCCCUAAGUUAACAGAUCAGUAGAAAUAAUGCUAAUAUUUGAACAGUAAAGAAGAUUAAGAGAUCAAGAUGGCUUUCACUACCUUUAGUAGGCCUAACUACUUUUUUCUUUCAAGUGCUAAUAAGUAACUCACUUUAGAAGCAUAAGCCAAGUACGUGUUAUUAUUGUACACAUACAAUGAACAGCAAACUAUUAUAAUUAUUGGCAUUUUCAACUCCCGUAAAUUCUGGAGAAAAACUAUCACUUUAAUUAUUUACUUUUCCCAUCUCUUAGUAGAGGUAGGGUAGACACAACAGGUUUUAGUCUAAGUCUGCACAGCUAUUCAGAACUGCAGACUUUUACAUUUGGGUGGCCACGACGGCCCCAAUCUAGUUAGGCUCAUACAUACUUGAAGCAAAAUGGCUUUAAUGUAACAGUUCGCUGAGCUUACUUGAGUAUAUGGUCUCUGCCUAUACAUCUCUACCUCUACCUAUGUUGAAUGCUGAUAAAAGGACCUAGUACAAAACUAUGUAUACGGAUAAUCAGUAUCACCAAAAAAGUAAAAAUAUUUCUAAAUACUUUUCCAAAUGUUUUCUACUCUAAGUUAUAUUUUCAAACCUGAGAGUAAACACUAUCAUCUGCACUUUAUACUAGGUUUGUUGUACUUUGUUUUUUAGAGUUGAACAACAGAAAUUUAUUUCUCACAGUUCUGGAGGCUAGACAUCCAAGGUCAAGGUGUUGGCAGGAUGGUUUCUUCUGAGGCCUUUCCCCUUGGCUUGUAGAUGCCUAUCUUCUGUCUUUUGUUUUUUCCAGCUUUACUGAGCUAUAAUUGACAAGUAACAUUGUGUAAAUUUAAGGUGUACAACUUGUUUUGAUACACUUAUAUAUUGCAGAAUGAUUGCCACCAUAGUUAGCCAACACCUCCAUCACGUCACAUAAUUACCAUUUCACCUUUGUGGUAACAUUUAAGAUCUACUCUCUUAGCAAGUUUUAAUUAUAUAAUACAGUAUUAUUAGCUAUAAUCACCAUGCUGUACCUUAGAUCCCCAGAAUUUAUUUAUCCUGUCAGUAAGUUUGUACCCUUUGACCAGUAUCUCCACAUUUCCUCCAUCCCCCAGAUCAUGGCUACUGUCAUUCCAUUCUCUGCCUCCAAUAAUUCAGCCCUUUUAAAUUCCACAUACAGGUGAUAUCAGACCUAGCAUAAUGCCCUCAGGGUCCAUCCAUGUUGCCACAAAUGGCAGGAUCUUUCUUGUGGCUGAAUAAUAUUCCAUUUUAUAUAUACAGAGGGUGCCAAAAAAUGCACAUUUUAAGAUAGUAUCUUAAGAGAUAUUAUCUUAAAAUGUGUAUACAUUUUUUUUGCAUCCCCAUUUUUUUGAGCACACCCGGUAUACUUAAGACAGGUGUGUGAGGUGGUAUCUCACUGUGGUUUUGAUUUGCCUUUCCCUGAGGAUUAGUGACGUGGAGAACCUUUUUACGUACCUGUUGGCCAUUUGUAUGUCUUCUCUGGACAAAUGUCCAUUCAGAUCCUCUGCCCUUUUUUUAAUUGAUGUUUUUGCUACUGAAGUUUGCUGUACUCUUAAAUCCAACUUCUUCAGCUGUAAUAGAAGCCUUAAUCUGACAGAAAUCAUCCUAUGAUUCCAUUUUGGAGAUUGUUCUCACUCUUCUCCACCUCCCAUAGCAAGCCUGUGUUUCAGUUAGAUUUAUCAGUUAGUUUUCUGGCUCUUUGAUCAAGUCCUGGAAUCCCUCUUCCCUGAUGUUGUACAGCUCCUUCCUCUGUCUUUCCUUUUUGGGACACACUAAUCCUAAAGAUUAAAUUUCUUUUUUGGUUUAGAUACUGUGCAUAAUAAUAAUAAUAACAGGAAUGGUAACGAUGGAAAUGAUAAUAGUGACCAUUUAUAGAGGUCUUUUCAUAUCUCAGGGAAUGUGUACCGUUUAAUUCUGAGUUUUAUAGAGUGAAGUUACUAUUAUGAUUCCCAUUUUGCAGGUGAGAAAACAGAGGCAUGGAUAAGUUAAGGUACUUGCCUAAAUAACAGUCUUCAUAGUCCACACUCUUAACAACUAUAUUUUUCUUUUUUUUUUAAUUAAAGUUUAUUGGGGUGACAAUGGUUAGUCAAGUUAUAUAGAUUUCAGGUGUACAAUUCUGAAUUACAUCAUCUAUAAAUCCCAUUGUAUG